UUCUGACCGUCGGAUCUCCGCCAGACCAUUCCGAAAUAGAAGAAACAAACAACAGCCAUGCCGAUUCUGAUCAUGUCGUCGAUCGCGAGAUCAAACGAGAUUCUUGCGUUGAGCGGAAACCGAAUGGGCUACUGAACGGGUGUGCUCUCUCCUACAACACUGGAGCUCUGACCGACAAUUCUUUAACCAACGAAUUACCUGGGACCCACAGUUCUGUCCCUGGUUCAACCACAUGCUCUACGAACAACAAAGACAGUAAAACAAGUGGGAGUGAGUGCAGUCCGAACAGCGCCAUUAAUUACAGCUCCCAGAACCAACAGAAUGAUGAGAAUACACCAGGAGCCAAAAGACGUGGUCCUCGUACCACCAUCAAAGCUAAGCAGUUAGAGACUUUAAAGGCUGCUUUUGCGGCGACUCCUAAACCCACACGCCACAUCCGGGAACAACUGGCUCAGGAAACUGGCCUGAACAUGCGUGUGAUACAGGUGUGGUUCCAGAACCGCAGGUCGAAAGAGAGACGUAUGAAACAACUCAGUACACUUGGAGCUCGCCGUCACUUCUUUAGAAACCCCAGGCGGGCCAUGCGGCCGUUGCGGCCGGGAAUGUCUCCCGACGGACUUGAUGAUAGUCCCGAGAUGAUGGUUGGCCCUAACUCUGGAUACGGGUACUUCUCGGAUUCUGGAAGUCCCGUUGAUUUUCCUUACGGAGCUCAACCAGGUUUCUACACCUUUAUUCCCGGUCAACAUCCGCCAGAAUCCAUGGACUUCCCGCCAGGACCCAUGAGGAAUGCUGCAGCAUCUAGCCCGCCUCCUUCCUCAAGGGUUAUGGGUCAUGGAUUACCUCCAGGUGGGCUGAUGGUUCAAGGUACAUUCUGUAGCCAACUUAAUCUUGGUGCGGACGCCCCCUAUCUUCAGCACCAUAAUGACCUCUUGUCUCAACGCUCCAGCCCUGACUCUGUAAUGACCCUUCCACCUGCUACGGAUGUUUACGGUCCACUCAGAUCGUCAACGGCCGAGACUUUUCAUCCGGGUCUCCCUCAUCAGUCACUAAAUGGGUACCAACUGACAUUUAUGUGGAGAAGGAUGGGUACCAACUGA